AGAGCGAAGUACAAAGAGUAAGGAAGCUGCAAAGAGUAAACCAAUGAAGGAUUGUGUAAACCAUAUCUUGGCCCACCUCAUGGGCAUAAAACUCGACAAAAAAAGCCUACCACCAUACCCUUCCAAUCCUGAUGAGACUUCUGAAGCGUGGCCUAAGGACGCUGCAACUAAUAAGCCUUAUAUGUGCUUUAACUGGGCAGAGGCUAGGGACGCACCUGUUAAUCGCAAGAACAUAGAUGUUGUCCUCGCAACGGUACAAACACAGGGUGUCACUUUCGAUCCGCUUGUCGCGACGGAUCUUGCAAAUAUUACAGACCACGACUUACGCACUCGCAUCAAUGGAAAAUUUGACCGCAUGAGAGGCAAGUUUAACAAGUGUCCAGAUGCACAAACAAGACAGAGCCGCAAGCGCAGGGCACACGAGGUCGCAGGAGUAGCAUCAACCGAAGAGGGAGCUCCGAGUACAAAUCCAGAGGUAGGAGCAGGUGAUGGAGAUGAGCAUGGGAACAGCGAGCCUGGGAACACUACGAACAUUGAGCAAGCAGAGCCUGGGACGUGGAACGAGGCGAUAAGGAGGGCUGCGCGCAACUCACGUGUUCAGUUUAUUCUCGACCAACGCUUGCGCAAGAGACCAUUUGCCGGCCAGUAUACCGAUCCCAAAUACGACGCCGCAUUUACUUUGACUGCAAUGUCUGAAAAUGAGGACGACCCGACGCCAGAGCCAGGAUGUCCAAAGCAGUAUGUCUUGCGUGCCCCAGAUUGGCGCAGUGAGGAGCUGAGAACUUUGUAUACCACCAUAGAUGGGAUUGCCAAUCCUAACCCGGAUAAAGUCAAGUCGGCCACAAAUCGUAUUCGCGGUACUGAGAUUACAGACGCUGUGCCGCCUAAGACCAAGAGUGUGAAGAUUCGAGUUCGAGAGUGGAUGGUCAAGCCGGAGCUUAUUGAAAAGCAUCCUGAGUGGUUGACAAGUCGGCGUGUGGCAAAUAAUGGCAAGUUAUGGGGUGAAGAGACGGAUCCAGAAGAAGAACAGCUAAAGAAUGAAACGUUGGCACAAGCAGACAAAGAGCGAAGCAUCAAGAAAGUCCGUUUGUUGGAUAACAGCGACGUAGCGAGUAACGAGAGCAGGUUGAAGGAAUUGUUAGGUGACAAGAGCCUCGAGGAUUUCUUUCCAAGCUAGACAUUGGCGUUGACAUCGUGUUGCCUUCGCAUUUCUUGUUCGGCUUCUGCGAGCCAUCUGUCAUCGGGCUCGGAACCUGUCUUUCUUCCCUGUACUUAGUAGCAACAAUAGCAUGCACCUCGUCUGGUGAGAGGUCCAAGAGAGCAAGUAAGUCGUUCGUAGUUGAGAGUUCCUUUCGAAGGGACUCGAUGUAACUGGCGGCGUUGGGAAUUGACUUGAGCAUGUUUAGCAACGGCAUGAUAGUCGGAGGUAAUGAACGUUCUGGAGAAGG